CCCUGGGAGCAUGCGCAGUGUGUCCGUGCUUCAUUAUUUCCGUGUUGUGGAGCUGUCAGCAGACUGGCGGAUCACCGGAGACGAAAAAAAGAAGAACCAAAGAAGACAAAGAGAAGAUGAAGAACAAAGUCAGCAGCACUCAAGUGAGUGUGAAGAGGCGAUCCUGGUCCUGGCAGCAGUACCUGAACGAACAGAAAGCUGAAGCUGCACCUCUCUCGCUGUUUACACAGUCCCAGUCCUUUCCCAGCAGGAGAACUGGUUUUAAAGUCGGGAUGAAACUCGAGGGCGUUGACCCACUGCACCCCUCCCUCUUCUGUGUGCUGACAGUCGCCGAGGUGAUUGGCUGUCGGCUCCGUAUCCACAUUGAUGGCUACUCCGAAAGCUAUGACUUCUGGGUAAACGCUGACUCAGCACACAUCAGACCAACAGGCUGGUGCAGAGAAACCAACCACAGGCUCCACCCACCCAAAGGUCACAGUGAGACAGAUUUUGACUGGCAGCUCUACCUUCAGUCCACAGGCUCUCAUGCCGCUCCUCCCAACCUGUUCACUGAUCGCACUGCAAGCUGUGAGUUCAGCGUUGGGAUGAAGUUGGAGGCCGUUGACAGGAAGAACCCUGGACUCGUCUGCGUCGCCUCCGUCGCUGAUGUCAUCGAUGACCACUUCCUGGUUCACUUCGACAACUGGGACGACUCGUACGACUACUGGUGUGACAGCAGCAGUCCCUACAUCCAUCCUGUGGGCUGGUGUGAACAACAAGGACGACCUCUCACCGCGCCACAGGGUCACCCAAACCCAGAGAACUUCCUGUGGGAGGAAUACCUUCAGGAGACCAGAUCCACCGCUGCUCCACACUCAGCCUUCAGACUGAGAGCUCCCCACGGUUUCCAGGUCAACCAGAAGUUGGAGGCGGUGGACCGGAGAAACCCGAUGUUGAUCCGCGUCGCCACGGUGACGGAAACAGAAGCCUACAGGCUGAAGGUGCACUAUGACGGCUGGUCGCAGCAGUUUGACGUCUGGAGCGACAGUGACCUCCCCGACCUCCAUCCAGUGGGCUGGAGCCAACGCACAGGACACCCCCUGGAGCCCCCCCCAGGCUCCGCCCCCCUGUCCUCAGGCUCCGCCCCCUCUCAGGGCGUGUGUCCCACACCGGGCUGCCGAGGCGUCGGACACAUUAAAGGAGCCAAAUACACCGGACACCACAGUGCCUUCGGCUGUCCGUACUCAGACAUUAACACGCGUAAGGAGGUGCUGCUUCCUGAUAGGCUCGGAGGAGAGAGAGCCGUCAACAUGGGUCACCACGGCAACCAGUCAGACAGGAGAAGUGUUCAGGUGAAGAUGGAGCCCAAAGAAGAGAGUCUGAUGCUUCCUCUGGGGAAGAGGAAAAGACUGACGGACAGACUGUCCCAACCAACCAAAUACCUCCGUGUGAAACAGGAAGAGGAGGAGCUUCAGGUGUCAGCCCUCGGCCCAGCAGAGUCCCAUCUGCAGGCCGCCUUGCACCAGUCUGUCUUCCUGUCGGCCAUGUCGGCUCAGCCCGGCCGAGACCUGUCUCUCUGCUGGGAGCAGCACCGCAAACUGCUGCCGGGCGCCGCCGGCGUUACCGCGGAGACGGUUAGACACUGGAGCAUCCAGCAGGUGUGUGACUUCGUCCAGUCUCUCCCCGGCUGUGAGGAUCAGGCACAACAGUUCAGAGACGAGCACAUCGAUGGGCGGGCCUUCCUGCUGCUCACCCAGCGGGACAUCGUCCGGAUCAUGGCCAUCAAACUCGGCCCCGCCCUCAAAAUAUACAACUGCAUCCUGAUGUUCAAACACGCAGAGGAAACUGACCAAUCACACGCUGAGGAAAGGAACCAGUCACACAAAGAGGACCAAUCACACACUGAGGACCAAUCACACACUGAGAUCCAAUCACACGCAGAGGACCAAUCACACGCUGAGGACCAAGCACACGCUGAGAUCCAAUCACACGCCAAGGACCAGUCACGCGCUGAGGACCAAUCACGCGCUGAGGACCAAUCACGCGCUGAGGAAAGGAUCCAAUCACACGACUCCGUUCAGUGGGAGGAGCUUCAUUUUCCAUCCAGUCAUCAAUCAGAUUUAAAUUUCUGAUCUAUGAUCUCAGGAGUUCUUCCAACACUUUGCUCCAGUUUCCUCUCAGCGAUUCCCAACAAACCGUCAAAACUUUAAUAAGCUGCCGACCCCAAAAACUGAAGAAGACAAAAGUGUAAAAAGACGAAAGGAAUCAGCGGAGAGAACGGAGAGACACUACGGUAACGUUAUGUCCAACGUUAUGGAAACAUAAUUAGCCUAAAACUAACUUUUGGAUGUUUGACUUGGUCCCUAAAUGCUUGCUGCAUAACAUAACGUUGGACAUAAGGUUGACAGUAUGAAGCUCGGUGCUCUGUCUCUUUAAGAGGCUGUUUGAUUGCGUAAACAACCGGGUUUUGAACGCGCCAUGGUUUGAGUUUAAAUAAAUGUUCUUUGCUACGUUUCAUCGGGGCUGAAUGCGCCCCAGAUGUUCCCGUCGGCAGGUAUAGGUGUCGUUCCUCCCAAAUAAGAAAAGGAGACAGAGAGUUUGUUGUUAGGUAGGGUUGGGUACAGAAUCCCGGCAUCCAUAUGACCCCGGUUCCUAAAGGCCCGGUAUCUACCGGACGCAGAGACAGCACAGAUUUUGGUGCCUCAUUUUGGUUCCACUAAAAAUCUAGCGCUACAUCCUUCCCAAGUGAGAGCAACACCCCUCCCAAACGAGAGCUACACCCCUCCUAAACUAGCGCUACACCUCUCCCAAGCGAGAUUUACACCUCUGCCUAGCGAGAGCUACACCUCUCCUAAACUAGCGCUACACCUCUCCCAAGCGAGAUUUACACACCUCCCAAGCGAGAGCUACACCCCUCCUAAACGAGAGCUACCCCAAAGCUUGUUUCACAGUUAGGACUGGGUACCUAUUUCUAUACUUUCUAACAAUAAAACGUCUUAUAAUCACGAUACAAAGUGUAUUCUCUUCGGCACCGACCAAAUUGCCUCUCAACUAAAGUAUCAAGUAUCUAAAAAUUCCUCGGCAUUCAAUCCCUGAGGAGUAAAUCUCAUCAGCAUCACUGAGCCAAUCAGCAUGCGGAAUGUUUCUACCAAGAUGUAAUAAUGUCUUUGAUUUGCUGUCUCUACGUUACACAGAGACGGACCACUUAGUCAGAGCUGGUUUUGUUUUAUAACUUUGCUAUUGGUAUCGGUGCCCCGGUAACCCAGCCCUACUCACAGCCUUCCCAGGAAAUGUGUUGGAAACCAUAGCAACGGUGUGCACAACAUCUUCUGAUUGAACCCCUGGGUCUAGUUCUGGUUCUUUCCUCUCAUUCCCCUGUUUCAUAGCCCCUAAACCGGAGGUGUGUGUCUGUCUGUGUGUUUCUGUGUGUGUGUG